AUGGCCCCUCUGGCUGGCGCGAGUUUGCCGAAACACCGACGAGCCGGCGCCUGGUUAUACUACUACUACUACUACUACUACUACUACUACUACUACUACUACUACUACUACUACUACUACUACUACUACUACUACUACUACUACUACUACUACUACUACUACUACUACUACUACUACUACUACUACUACUACUACUACUACUACUACUACUACUACUACUACUACUACUACUACUACUACUACUACUACUACCACUACUACUACUCAAGCAUCUCCAUGUCUGGCGAGCGACACAGCCGUAAGCUGGCGCGCGCGAACACAAAUCAUUCUGGGUGA